CCCUUUUCUCUUCUCUCUCCCCCUCUCUUCACCGUCCAUGUCUCACUGCGUGACUUGCACAAACUCUCUCCACUUGAGAGGAAAUUCCUCAGACAACUAGCAGUGACUAGUCUCUUGCUACCAUCCUCUCAAGCUCGCGAACGAUCAGCCACGCUCCAGACAGAGCAUUGCUCCGAGACUCGUUUAAUCUGCACCGACAAGAUCACCAUCAAAUCAUCAUCAACAACAACAACAACAACACCAGCCAACCAACAACCCACAAGAUGUCUUAUCCGAACGAAGACACUGAAGUAAAGGUGUCCAGUGACGGUGCCCAGCUGUUUGUCGACUGGUACUACCGCGACCUGAACGAGGCCCGCCCCCUCUCUUCCUACUACAUCAACUCGAACACCAAGUACACCAACGCAGGCGUCACAGCCGACAUUACCAUCAACGGCGCGAACCUGACCACACCAAGCCAGUACGAGGCCCUCCUCGAAGAGCAGCGCGGUACCAACGCCACCACCACUGCCAACGGAGCCGCCGCCACCGACACCCACCGGCAGCCACGGACGGGCAAGCAGCGCGUGCGCUACGAGGUCGACAGCUUCGACGCCCAGGUCAUCAACGACGACUACCUGGUGGCAGCCCCCGAGCACGUCCGCUCCAAGGGCCCAGACAAGAGCGGCGGGCGCAUCAGCAUGGUGGUCAGCGUCAUGGGCACCCUGCACCUCGACACCGAGCCCGAGCCGACGCGCAAGACGUUCAGCGACGUCUUCGUGCUCGUGCCCAACUGGGACUCACGGGGCCGCAACGCGCCCCGGAACGCAAAGAGGUUCCUGAUCGCCUCGCAGAACUACAGGACGCUCUAG